AUGUUGCCCUGUCAAUUUGGUCUUGGACGGCAAGCUGUAUUUCGCACAUCAUGGCAUCGAACUACAUCCUCCAUCGUUAGCAGCACACAACGGCGGCUAUACUCGGCAGAUACCGAUGUUUCCAAAGGCCCAUUGACUGGAAYCAAGAUAUUGGAUCUCUCAAGAGUCUUGGCUGCUCCUUACUGUACCCAGAUUCUAGCUGAUUACGGUGCCGAUGUCAUCAAGAUUGAAGAUCCAGAACGAGGAGAUGAUACUCGGUACUGGACGAUAUCAGGGGAGGAGAAGAUGUGGAAGUCCGGAAUCGGGCCAAUGUCAAAUUACUUCUCUGCUGUGAACCGCAACAAGAAGAGUGUUGCAUUAAAUCUCAAGAGUCCCAGAGGGCGGGAGAUUUUUUUGGAAAUGGUUAAAGAGGCAGAUGUAGUCGUGGAGAAUCUUCGACCUGGGAAUAUGRAAAGACUUCAGCUUGGCUACGAAGAUCUCCGUAAGAUUAACAAAGGUAUCAUCCUUGCGAGUACUUCUGGGUACGGAGCUGGAGGUCCAUUCGAGAAGCGAGCUGGAUAUGACAUGAUCGCUGGAGCUGAAGCUGGUCUACUACAUCUAACAGGAGAACGAGGAGGUCGACCCGUUCGACCAGGUCUUGGUCUUACGGAUAUGUYGACUGGACUGUACAUGCAUGGCGCUAUCAUGGCUGCACUUUACGCUAGAGUGAAGACUGGAGAGGGCCAGAAGAUCGAUGGUUCAUUAUUUGAGACGCAGGUCGCCCUGUUAACGAACGUUGCCCUGUCUUGGUUGAACCUGGGUGUAGAAGCAGAGCGAUGGGGUGCUCAACACCCAAGCGUCGUUCCAUACGAUGCCUUCAAAACCAAAGAUUUGUACUUUGUAUGCGGUGCGCUCAACGACAAGCAAUUCGCAAAUCUUGCAAAACUUCUAGGAAGACCCGAAAUGGCCCAAGAUGAACGAUUUCGCGGCAACGGAGACAGAGUUACCAAUCGCGAGCAGUUAUUCCCAAUCCUCAACGAUCUGUUCGCCGCAAAGACGACUGAAGAGUGGGUGAAGGAAUUUGAAGGAAGUGGCAUGCCCUACGCUCCAAUAAACACGAUGGAAAUGGUUUUCAAUCACCCUCAAACUGUGGCUCGUGAUAUGGUUGCAGAAAUAGAUUUACCAUCCUCAAAAACUGGCAAAAUCAAAAUUCUAGGACCUGCGAUCAAGUUCAGCAAGACAAAGGCUACCAUUCGAAGUCAACCUCCGCUGCAUGGAGAAAACACCAACGAAGUCUUGGGCAGCUUUGGUAUCACCGCGGACGAACUGGAAUUGCUGGAGAAAGAAGGCGUAACAAAAAAUAGAGGCUAG